AUGUUUGCAAACUUUGCAUGGUGGGAGCCUGCACACGGAUUAUUCAGGUUUAAUAAUCCAGGGAAAGUGUAUUUGAAGAUUGGUAACCUUAGUAGGGAUUGUGCUUGCCAUCUUCAUGCUCUUAGUGGUCACUUAAAAUCCAAGUCUAAGGCACCAACGGAGUUCCAUAGAAGAACAGAAGAAGCAUGCAAAAGAAUGAUAAAGGAAUCUAGCAAUGCCUUAAAAGACCUUGCAUUCUCCAUCAAAACCAGGACCCAACCUUCUUCCUCAACGGCACAACCUGACCCAUAUAUUGCAAAAUUCGCGAUCAGUGACCUUAGAUCGACGCUUGUAAUUACCACAAAAACCUUCUCAGAAGCUGAGACCAUUGAUUUCAUCACAACAAUGUCGGUGGCGUCGAUACUCAUCGAUGUCAUCACAUGCGUCGACAAAAUCUCUGAGGCUGUCGAAGAGCUUUCUAUUAAAGCACGUUUCAAGAAGGAAGAAAAGAAGGAGGAGGAGGAGAAGGAGGAGCAGGAGGAUUCCUGGCCGACCGAGGCGCUAGAAAAACCACUAACGCCUCGGUCUCCACAACUCCUCCUCCACCGCGGAAUUGUGAACCCUAUCUUUGAGGGUGACAACAUUAAUAGUGGAGAUUUUGUUGUGGAGGUCACGGUGGAGGAGGAGAAUCCAAUAGCUGGAGAACAUGUUGUGUGUGAGAUACAUGCAAUAGAGGAGGUGAUGAAACCAAAGGAAAAAGGAGAGCAUGUUGUAAUUGGAGUUGAUGAUGAAAGCAGAGGCGGAUCCAGAAUAUGAAGUUUAUAAAUUUUCUACAAUAAAAUCAAGUUAAUAUAUUAUACUAAUUAAAUUUCUUAAUACAUAUAGCGGCAACACAAGCAGGGGCUGGUCCAAAGCUCUA